AUGGAGCACACAGAUCAAGAAACGGCAAAUAAUUCACUUCCAGAUGAUAUAGAACAAAAUUUCCUAACCCAAUUCAGUUCUAUGGUCACUACGGAUAAGGAAGAAUUAAUCAACCAGUUUCAGACUAUUGGAGAAAAUGUGAACUUAACAACCGCCACUUUUUUCUUGGACAUGAGUAAUUGGAAUCUGCAAGCAGCAGUAGGAUGUUAUUUUGAUUUUAUGGGUCAAAAUCGACAUCCCUCAAUGCGACUUGUAAAUGACAUUACGGUUGGACGAGGUGAAAAAAUCACACCAAAUACAGCGAUCAAAUUAACCUGGCUGUUACAAAACAAUGGUGAUAUUGCUUGGCCGAGUGGCACCUAUGUGAGCGUUCAACGGAACGAAAAUACAACUCGACAAAAUGCACCCUUGUCUUACGAAGAUUUAAAAUUUUACGUGCCUGCCGUCCUGCCCAAUGACACGUUUCCCGUGUCUGUGCAACUAGUGAGCCCCCCAGUAGAAGGGCCUUUCGAAACUGUGUGGUCCAUUUUUACUCCGGGAGGCAACAGUUUUGGAGAGAAUAUAAUAUCAAGACUUGAAGUUAGUUUAGAUGGAACGAUGGCCGUAACUCAACAAUUUUCUGAGCUUGAAACAAAUUCCAGUAUCGCCGAUAGCACCGUGGGAAAUUUGACAGAUUCACAGGCUAAUGAAGACAAUGAAAUGUGUUGACGGCAGAAAUUGUUCUGAGCAGCUGGAUUGGAUGACUAUAUAACUGUACUUGUAUUUUUUU